GGAUUCUUCCGACGUAGCCUUAUCCGCAAUGGGGGCUAUGAGUGUGUUGGAAACGGCGACUGUGACGUGGACAAAAACAGGCGGAACAGUUGCCCCAAGUGUAGAUAUCUCAAAUGUGUCGCUGCUGGGAUGUCCAAGGACGCCAUCAAGACAGGCCGUUAUACACACAAGAAAAGAACCCAGGACACAAUGGAAGUCCGAAAGCUUCAGCAAUUGAGUCUUCUGGACACAGGAACCCCUGGGAACAAUGGUAGCGAGAGUAGCGAGACAUUGUCUACUUAUCCGGCGACGUGCGCUUUGGAUAUUUCAAACAAAACGACGUCCUCUGAAUCAGGAAAUUCUGUCACGGAUGGGCAAUCAUGUCUUGGCUCAAACCCGACUUCGUCUCCAACUAAGACAAUCCUAUUACCAUCAGUGUCAUUGUCACCGCAUCAUGAUACGUCGUCGGAACGAUCACCACCUUCGUCUUCCUCAACACAAGCGGGGUUAUCAGAGUCUCAGUGGUCAACCUCAUCACAGUCAUGGGACACAGCAGCGGGCGCAGCCAACAGCCCUGAACUCGCGUCUCUUUUGGCGGGAGAUGGCAACACGUCGUCAGUGGACGUGAAGAACACACAAGCUACAAAGACAGUUCCGCAAAAACAACGAGUAGCCCCAAAGGUUGCCGGACCUCUACCUCCAUGCAAGGUGUGCGGGGAGCCAGGGGCAGGCUUCCACUAUGGUGUCAACACUUGUGAGGCAUGCAAGGGUUUCUUCCGCCGCAGUUUACUACGCAAUGGUGACUACGACUGCCCUGGGAAUGGCGACUGUGAUAUUGAGACGAACCGGCGGAAAAGUUGCCCCAAGUGCCGAUACUUGAAAUGUCUUUCUGCCGGCAUGUCUAAAGGAGCUAUCAAGACCGGACGCUACACGCUGGACAAGAGGACACAGGACACGCUGGAGAUAAAGAGACUUAAGGAAGCUGCUGACAAUGGCGUCGGUAUAGAAAGGAGGCAGUCAGAGGAAACGUCAGACAAUUCGUGUGCUGCCUUAGACCUUUCAAUAUUUCACAACCCGUCCUCAUCUUCAACACAGAGUACCUCGUCAACAGAACAUGAUUCACCGACGUUUUCCCGACAUAUUUCUUCUACAGAUGCACAAACAACUUUCGGCUCAGAUGUAGGUAGCAGUCAUUUUGAGAACAUGUUGAACGCCUCUUCGAGUGCUUCUUGUGGAAGGAAGCAGGUUACACAUGGAGAGAUAAGUUCGAAGUCUAUAGAUUUCCAUUCGCCAGAAUCCUUUUUUGUGCUGUCACCCUUUUCCGUGAACGAUAAUCACAAACUCAGUACGAGCGGGGGCUUUGGUGAGGCUUCAAGAAACACUUCUAAACUGUAUAGUGGAAAUACUAUAAACAGCGUUUCCUCAAGAUCCCCAAGCAUGAACAAUUUUCGGAACUCUUUCAAUGUUCAUGGAAAAGUGUCUUUCCAUCAUACGGAAAGCACGUUUUCAAAAUUCCAAAGCAUAAACAAUUUCAAUGACCAUUACAGGGGUCAUGAAAAAGAUUCAUUUAACGACGAUGUUCAUGAUGUGCCUCAAAAGCACUCGAGAUUCAAUGGGCUUGAUGACGAGCACAUGUUUUGUGAAACAUCUCAUAUGAACAACGGAGGUAAAGGGCCGUCGGAUUCCCGAGACCAAUUGUUCACAUUCUCUCAUCAGUCCUUGGAAUCUUCCCAAUCUUCGAUGUCUUCUUCGUGUUCUCUGGACUCCAUCUCUCUGGAAGGACCACAGUGGUUGGACUAUGAGGAGGGCGAGCUGGAUGAGCUGAUAAAUUACCUGGUGGCUGGGCACAGACGGAUCAUUAUUGAUUGUAAUGGCCUGUCAGAUGAAUAUUUGGAGGAGAAAUUCAAGGAAUGCGCGGAGCGCUGUGUCUUGCAAGAGGAAAUUUUUGGUCCCCGUGGGCAACUGUCGAGAAGCGAGGCCAUGGAGUUCUACAAGGCCACAGGUCUCGACGUCGAUGGGUUCCUGAGGGAGAGUGAUGAAUGCGGCGCUCAGAUGGAAGAACAUACUCGCCAGACGGUUGUGUUCAUGAAACUUAUUCCUGGCUUCAAGGCUCUAGGCAUCUCAGAUCAGACAAACUUGGUGAAAG